UGUUCUGAGAUAAAACCCUUUGUUUGAUUACCGCAUAGUCUCUCUCAUUAUCUCACACUGUUAGUGAGAGAAACCUCUGCAGAGUUGAAAAUGGCUCUGCUUACUUUCCCCUAGGUAUAAUGAAGAAAGGUUUCUUCCUCAUCUUCUUUGAAGAAGAUGGCUCUCACUGAAGAACCCCAAGAUGUACAAUACUCUCCCUCAUUCCUCGAUGCCCUUCUAUGUGAAGAGAAAGAUACCUUUGAGGACGAUUUUGAUGCAAACGCUGUUGAGGUUGAGACCAAUAACAAUGACCCAUCUGUGGGAAAGUUGCAAUCUUUGCCUUUGGUUUUGCUUGACAAUGACUUGUUCUGGGAAGAUGAGGAACUUGUCUCCUUAAUCUCAAAAGAGGGAGAGACCCAUUUGUGUUCUUCUAAUCUCAUUGCUGAUGGAACACUAGAAGGGCCUCGUGUUGAGGCUGUGAGUUGGAUUUCUAAAGUUUGUGCAUACCAUGGAUUCUCUGCUUUGACAGCUGUUCUUGCUGUGAACUACUUUGAUAGGUUCAUCACAAGCCUGAGGUUUGAGAGAGAUGAACCAUGGAUGACACAGCUCUCUGCAGUUGCGUGUUUGUCCCUGGCUGCCAAAAUGGAAGAGACCCAUGUGCCACUUCUUUUAGACCUGCAAGUGGAGGAAUCAAGGUUUGUGUUUGAAGCAAAAACUAUACAGAGAAUGGAGCUUGUAGUGUUGUCAACUCUUAAAUGGAGGAUGCAUCCGGUGACCCCAAUUUCCUUCUUUGAACACAUUGUCAGAAGGCUUGGUUUAAAGAGCCGCUUGCAUUGGGAAUUCCUUUGGCGUUGCGAGCGAGUUCUUCUUAAUGUCAUUGCGGAUUCAAGGGUUAUGAGUUAUCUUCCUUCUAUAUUGGCUGCUGCUACAAUGAUCCAUGUUAUUAAAGAGAUUGAACCUUUAAAUGCAUCUGAGUACAUUGAUCAACUUCUGGGUUUGCUAAAGAUAAGUGAGGAACAAGUGAACCAGUGCUACAAACUCAUACAAGGCAUUUACAGUCUUCACCAUAAACGCAAGCGCGUAUCGGAAACAAGUAGCCCUGGUGGUGUCAUUGAUGCAUCUUUCAGUUUUGAUACCUCAAAUGAUUCAUGGACCAUGGCAUCAUCAGUCUCACUUUCAGUGGAGCCACUGUUUAAGAGGAGGAGAGCUCAGGACCAGCAGAUGCGGUUGCCUUCUGUUAAUCGUGUGUCUAUUGAUGUUCUUAAUAGCCCUCAUUAAUAAUGAUCUUAUAUUUACUUCAAACAUGGUAGCUUUCUUUCAUAUAAAUCUGGCAGUUAUGUAUUGAAAUGCAACUACAUUAUGUUCUUAGUUAUAUACAUUUCUAGCCAAACAUAUGAAAAUGGAUGAGGCAGAGGCUGAGAUUCCCUCCCCCACUUAGUCAUUUGAGGUGGAACAGGGAUCUGAUACUGAGUAGAAUGAUGAGUAUUAAACUUGUAAUUCUACCUGUGAGUUAUCUUUCCAGUGCAAUUUUUACUCAUCUUACACAUGAUAUUUCUCAAUAAGCACAAUCAAGAGAUUUCCUUUGCUUAUCAUCUGCCAAUCUCUCCCCUGUUUAUGCAGAAUAGGAACUGCAUGUGGAGAUUACUAACUGAGUAACUGAUAAUCAAAGAUGGGUGAAGUGACAUCCUGGCCCUUUAGGAUAUACUCAUAGUGUGAUAAUCU